CAAGAUCUGGGACGAUAUCAUCGAUGGCAGAAAGCUGAAUGUAUUUACGAAUUCUCGGUAAACAUGCGAACAAAAUUAUGCAAAAUUUAUAAGAACCAGCUGCGUAAAUUUGCCAAUAAUCUUUUGCCAGCGGCAAAAGCCGCAACCUUCAUCCAUCUGCAACCCGCAAUCAGAUAUCCCACCAUGAGAGCAGCCACCAUCUUAACCGUCGUCGUCGUCCUGGCGACUUGUCUCCUGAGGAGCAGUGAGGCGGUCACUUGUACCGCCGACCCCACCGACGCUAACUGCAUUGACUGCAGCACCAAUACGACGAACGCAGAAUGCGAGACCACCACAACCACAGUGGCGCCCACUACUACUGUGGCGGAAACAACCACUGUGACGACCACCACCGUAUCCUCUUCCAGAAAGCGGAAAAUCGUGCGCCUGAGCAACAUGCGCUACACCGCCGUCCGUCGCAUCCGCGUCAAUAGGAACUCGUCGAGGAGCAGCACCAUUCGCACCACCCUCCGCAACCGGAGGCGCAGGAACAAUUCCAGGCGUGUCAACGUGAGAAGGGGAAACGUUCGCAUCAUAGUCGGCUAGAAACAUUCCCACUCCAAUAAAAUUAUGAAGAAAACAAUUUCUUCAAAUUCUUUGCCCAAAUUUGGGAAUAUUUUAGGGGACAUAUGAGUCUGCUACACUAGUUUAUUAGAAUUUGCCUUGCAUUAAACAUAGUUUUAUUUAUAAGCUGAAUAAGAAACAUCGGCAAGCCGAAGUUCAUAUACCCUUGCAGCUAUUGCAAAAAUUAAAUAUUCUUGGUAACAUUAAAAUUAUGAUUGACUUGCGUAUAUAAACAUUAAAGCUAUAAUGAUUUGCAGCCAUAAUAUUUGAUAC